UCGUUGGAUAAGAAAAAAGAGAGCGAGGACCAGUGUGCAUGUACGGUACAUACACGUGCGUUUGAGCCAAUAGCCGUUUGAUCGCAUACACUCUCCAAGCUUGAUGGGAAGCCCUGAAGCCCCAGCUGCAAUUGAGGCAGUGCAAGAGCAAUGCUAUCAUCCAUUUGGUUAAUGGCACCCCGCUAUCAUACAUAAGCGACCAGCAUCCGCUAGGCUGUACUGGUACUUCUCAGCUCACCAUCCUCAGCCUUAUCCUAUACUCUCCCUCUCUCCCUCUCUCCUACCAAUACUCCUGUACCUCCGACAUGCGACUAAUCAACACGAGUACCUACAACUUUGAAGAAUUUAUCGGUCGUGACAUCCCCCCGUAUGCCAUACUCUCCCACACAUGGGAGACCGAAGAAAUUACUUACCAAGACUACGCCAAUGAUGCUUGCCAGCACUUCAAAGGCUUUGCAAAGGUUAUGAAGACACUCGAGAUAGCUGAAGCGAGUGGCAUCAGAUAUGCGUGGGUAGAUACGUGCUGCAUAGACAAGAGAAGUAGCGCGGAGCUCACUGAAGCCAUCAACUCCAUGUACCUCUGGUACCAGCGCAGCGAAGUCUGCUACGCCUUUUUAUCCGAUCUCGAGGCUGAUGCAGAUCUUCAGGCAGACAUGCCACACUGCCGUUGGUUUACUCGUGGUUGGACGCUACAGGAGUUCGUUGCCCCUCGCACUGUCUACUUUUAUGAUUGCGAUUGGCAAUAUAGGGGAUCUAAGGAAAGUCUGUCCACCAUACUAUGCCAGAUAUCGGGCAUAGAAAGAGAUAUCCUCUUGCAUCAGCGCUCACUCCGUUCAAUAUGUGUGGCCCAAAAGAUGUCAUGGGCUUCUUCUCGGCAUACAACGCGAAUCGAAGAUGCGGCCUAUUCAUUACUCGGCUUAUUUGGCGUCAACAUGCCAUUGCUCUACGGCGAAGAAGAGCGUGCUUUCCUCAGGUUACAAGAGGAGAUCAUCAAAUCGUCUCCUGAUCUCAGUAUACUCGCAUGGGCGGAUUCUACAAACCAAGGCAUCAGAGAACAUAGCUCGGAACUACACUGUGGCGUCCUGGCAAAAAGCCCUGCUCAAUUCUCCACGGCUGGGUCGAUGUGUGGCUCACUGGGCGUCGAUUCCGUGUCAGAGUCUUCAGUCACCAAUCGGGGUAUAAGAUUAUUCAAUUCGCUUUGCAUCAUCAAGGACUCGAUUAUCAUGAGGAGUACGUACAUCAUGCCUUUGUAUUGCAAGUCUGCCUCCGGUGCCGAGCUUGGUAUACGCCUUGAAAAGGUCGGAGAUGAGAUGUUCCUCCGAAACGACCCGUGUAAUAUUGUCGAAUAUAAGAUGUCCAGCUAUAUAAUCCCUCAUCGAUACAUUCAUCUUGCAACCAGAGUCCCGUAUUCUUUGAGUGUGGAUAACGAGUCUGAUCAGUAUGUCUCUGGCAAAUCUCUCACCAGUCUUCGCACUCAGGUUCUCGCAUUGGAGUUCCCAGAUUUUGUUGGCAUCUUUGACCAUUGGGGCAUAUUCAACCACUGCAAUGGGACUUUUUUUGAGACUUCUGAGCGGCCAAGGGAGUGGGUCGCUUUACGCUUUUCGGUCUACCUCAAUCCCAGUGUUGUGGGAACUGACGGAAUUGAAACUCGAGCGCCCGAAAACACCACCAUCAAUUGCAUGCUUUUCAUCAUAGGUUGGACGUCCAAUGCGGAAAAUCACAUACGUCACUACCUCGUAAAUGUUGCAGAAUGUGCCGGCACCGUAGCAGAGGUGCAAAGAAUUCUCAUAUUGCGGAAAUAUGACGAUUCCCUGGCCCAAAAUGUCUUAGAUCACUUCCUCCCUAACUCUUCUUCCAUAAACCUGCAUGUUCCCGGCUCAAAUAGAAUACAUCGUAUCUAUAUCGAAUAUACAAGAGUGGUGGACACUGCAAUAUACAGUCGACCAUUCUGGAAGCUCAAGAUUAAUUCCGUUUAA